AUGGCAAGGGGAGCUUCAGCGAGGAGAUACGCCCAGGCGGUCUUCGCCAUAGCGUUGGAACAGGGCGAGCCUGGUAGAUGGCUUGACGAUCUCGCCUUGCUCUCGGACGCGAUGGCUAACGACGACUUCGCUAACUUCCUGGACGCGCCGCAACCUACAUUGAGCCAGAAGAUAAACCUGAUCGAAGAGACGCUCGGUGAUUCAGUCAGCAGGCUCGCUCUGAACCUUGUUUCCCUGCUCGCCUCUCGCAACUCCGCGCGGCUCGCUCGGAGCAUUACGGAGUCGUAUCAGGAGAUGCUGGAUGAGUACAACGGCAUCGAGCGCGCGGAGAUUGUCUCCGCCAUCACAUUGAGCGACGAGCAGCAGCAGCGUAUAGAGACGAUGCUCAAGGACAUUGUGGGCAAGAACAUUACGGCGACAUCGAGGGUGGAGCCGCAUAUACUUGGUGGUUUCGUAGCGCGCGUCGGCGACAAGGUGAUAGACGGCAGCACGCGAACGAGGCUGGACGAUUUGCGACGCCAACUGGCGCAUGGCCUAUAA